AGAGCGGAGCGCUUGCUCUGGGCUGGGGGGAGGCGGUGGCGGAGAAGGAGGAGGAGAAGAAGGAGGAGCUGGGCCAGCAGGAGGCAGCGGCCGCGACCGGGCUGGGGUGAUGGUGCAGGUGCCCGGGGCCCGCGCGGAGCUGCCCGGCUGAGGGGCGCCUGGUCCGGGGUCCGCAGCGCCGCCGCGUCUUUCCCGGCGGCGGGCGGGCGGGAAGAUGCUGAGCAGGUUGAUGAGCGGCAGCAGCAGGAGCCUGGAGCGCGAGUACAGCUGCACCGUGCGGCUGCUGGACGACAGCGAGUACACCUGCACCAUCCAGAGAGAUGCCAAGGGCCAGUACCUGUUUGACCUUCUUUGCCACCACCUGAACCUUCUUGAGAAAGACUACUUUGGGAUCCGCUUUGUGGACCCAGACAAGCAGCGGCAUUGGUUGGAGUUUACAAAGUCUGUGGUGAAGCAAUUGAGAUCCCAGCCUCCAUUCACCAUGUGUUUCCGCGUGAAGUUUUACCCCGCAGAUCCUGCUGCCCUGAAAGAAGAGAUAACCAGGUACUUAGUCUUCCUACAGAUCAAAAGGGAUCUCUACCAUGGCCGCCUCCUCUGUAAAACAUCAGAUGCUGCCUUGUUAGCAGCUUACAUCCUUCAAGCGGAGAUUGGGGAUUAUGACCCAGGGAAACACCCUGAAGGCUACAGCUCCAAGUUCCAGUUUUUCCCAAAACAUUCAGAGAAGCUGGAAAGGAAAAUUGCUGAGAUUCACAAGACAGAACUCAGUGGUCAAACACCAGCAACAUCAGAGCUGAACUUUUUAAGAAAAGCACAGACGUUGGAGACAUACGGAGUGGACCCUCACCCGUGUAAGGAUGUGUCAGGAAACGCUGCAUUUCUGGCCUUUACUCCUUUCGGGUUCGUUGUUCUGCAAGGAAACAAGAGGGUCCACUUCAUUAAAUGGAAUGAGGUGACCAAGCUGAAAUUUGAAGGAAAGACUUUCUAUUUAUACGUAAGUCAGAAAGAGGAAAAGAAAAUUAUUCUCACAUAUUUUGCUCCAACUCCAGAAGCCUGCAAGCACCUCUGGAAAUGUGGAAUCGAGAACCAAGCCUUCUACAAGCUGGAGAAGUCAAGCCAAGUCCGCACAGUGUCCAGCAGCAAUUUAUUCUUUAAAGGGAGCCGGUUCCGAUACAGUGGCCGAGUUGCAAAGGAAGUAAUGGAGUCAAGUGCGAAGAUCAAACGGGAGCCACCAGAAAUACACAGAGCAGGGAUGGUUCCCAGCCGCAGCUGUCCCUCCAUAACCCAUGGCCCAAGGCUGAGCAGUGUCCCCAGGACCCGCAGAAGAGCUGUUCACAUCUCCAUCAUGGAAGGCCUGGAGUCCCUACGGGACAGUGCCCAUUCCACCCCAGUGCGUUCUUCCUCCCAUGGGGACACCUUCCUGCCUCACGUGAGAAGCAGCCGGGCAGACAGCAAUGAGCGAGUCGCUGUGAUUGCAGACGAAGCCUACAGCCCUGCAGACAGUGUGUUGCCCACCCCUGUGGCCGAGCAUAGCCUGGAGCUGAUGCUGCUUUCCCGGCAGAUCAAUGGGGCCACCUGCAGCAUCGAAGAGGAGAAGGAGUCUGAGGCCAGCACUCCAACUGCUGCAGAGGUGGAGGCUCUUGGGGGAGAGCUGAGGGCCCUGUGUCAGGGGCACGGCAGGCCAGAGGAGGAACAGGUGAAUAAGUUUGUUUUAAGUGUCCUCCGUUUGCUCCUUGUGACCAUGGGACUCCUCUUUGUUUUGCUCCUCCUCCUGAUCAUCCUUACUGAGUCUGACCUUGACAUUGCCUUUUUCCGCGAUAUCCGCCAGACCCCCGAGUUUGAACAAUUCCACUAUCAAUACUUUUGUCCCCUCAGGCGAUGGUUUGCCUGCAAAAUCCGCUCAGUGGUGAGCCUGCUCAUUGACACCUGAGAAGGCAUGACUCCUAAUAACUAGCCAGGUGGACCAAGGAGCCUGGCUACCCAUUCCCAGCAAUGGGACCCAUCGCGGAACCAUCGGCACAUGUACCAAGUCCUCCUCUCAUGACUCAAAGUCCACAGCCUAGGAGGGUCAUUUCCCAGAAGAAAAAAAGGAUAGGCUCAUGCCCUGUCUAAACAAACUGGGAAAACUCAUUUCCUUCAGAGGUUCUUUCAAGAAAGGCUCAGCGACUCUGUUUCUCAUCCUCCCAAUUUGCAGGAUAAUUUUUGGUUUUGAAUUUUGAUUUUUCAUAGAUGUGUAUUAUUUUCAGAGUAUCAAAUAAAAAUUUAUUUUACUAUUACUGAUUAUCGCAGUAGUGUCACCUAGCAGAUGGGACACUAGCUGAAGACUAGAGAGCUGUUGUCUUCUGUAUUCUGCAGGAGCUUUCCUACUGGGCUCCAGGAGACUCAGCAGUGCAGCCUCAGCAGGGCAGGCCAGGGGUCUGGACAAUGGGAACUAUCUAGGUUUUCUUGCCAGACAGAGAUUUUUAAAAAGUAAACAUCCAUAUAGAAUGAUUAAAUGGAAAGUUGCUUCUUAUGAUGGUCUGAGUUGGAUUUUCUUUUCCUUUUGUUUUUUCCAAAUCUGAGCAGAGUGGGCAUCUGAAGGGACCACCGCUACAGCAGCAGCAGGAGCAGGGGUGGGGUAAGUCUGUCCCCUUAGACUAGAUCCUAGUGGGCAUCACCAUGAGUUUUGUAUAAUGAACUUAUUAGACUUCUGUGAUUUUUUUUUUCCUGAAGAACCUCAAGAUUUUUAUAGUGCUCCAGAGACAUUAGUUGAAUUCAGUGGUGCCAGAGACAGGACUGUCAGAAAUGUUGGACAAAGUGUAGUUAACAGAAACCAGAGCCAAGGUACCUGAGAAACUGUUGAGAUUCAGAGAGCAGUACCUAUUUUGUACAACCCCCACAAAAAAACUAUUUCAAUUUAUAUUUUAACAACAAAUGUUAUUUUCUUAUCAAUUCAUAUUUUGUUUUUACUUUAUGGAUUAAGAAAAUAGAGCCUGAUGAACUAAAUGAUGCAAGAAAGAAACUGAUCCUGAGAAUGAAAAGCUUCAGAAAAUAGAAUUCCAAGAUCAACAAACAGCCUUGGAAGGGACCAGGAAAAGAAUCUAAAUAGGCAUACUAAAAGAUGCCUACGAAAGAAAGAAGGUGAAUGUGGCAGAGACCAACACUUAGAUGUGGAAAUACUGCCCCCUAGGGUCAUCCUCUGCAUCAGGAAAAUAAAAAUUGUAGGAAAGCAUUUGCCAUCCUUGCUGAGGGAAGCUGUGGAAGCAUACAAAAGCACAGCAUGUGAAGGGUGAGUGUGGGGUCCAAGGUCCAAGCUCUGCAACUCUUAACAACCACUUAUAAGAUCUUGUUUUCAUCUCAGGGAGAGAUUUCUAAGUCAUCUGGGGCCUGAGGACUCAUUUAAGGAUGGUCAGUAGACCUAUUCCUGGGAACCCCACAACAGUGGAGCCGCUGCUAACAUCCUAUGAUGUUGGGCAGCCCCAAAUGCAGAACAAAAUGAGUCACUUGUAGAUUUGCUCUCCCCUAGUUUGUGCCCUGAAAUAGCAGAAUCAUGCCCAUAUACAGAGUAUUAACAGCUGCUGAAUUAACAGGGGUGCGGGGUGGGGGAGUGGAUUGUGUAAUUUUAAAUGCCCUUUCAUCUAGACCACGGGUUGGCAAGCUGCUUCUGUAAAGUGCCAGAUAAUAUUUUUUAUUUUGGUUUUGUAGGCCAUACUCUGUGGCAACUACUCAACUCUGCUGUGAUAGCACAAAAACAGCCAUCCAUAGGUAAUACAUAAACAAAGGAGUAUGGCUGUGUGCCAAUAAAAGUUUAUUUUAGGAGCUGAAUUUGGACCACAGGCCGUAAUUUGCCAACCCCAUCUAGACAAUAAAAAUGCUCCUUACCAGUAGGUAUGUUAGCAGAAAGAGGGCCGGCUCUGCUCCCAUUCCCUACUUGCUACAGAUCCAGGACCAUUUCCCAGUGGAGAUACUGGGGUUGCUUGUAUAAAGGGUGCUUGAACAACCAACCAGCAAAGAGGUAUCUGAUGCCAAGAUGAGCAAGAUCAAGUGUUGAAAUGCUAAAACUCGGCCAGAAUCUAAGAAUGGAAGAGGAAUGUCUGAUCAUUUCCAUACCAGCAACAAUUUGGGCAGAAUUACAAACAUCUAUUUACCAAGUGACAAGACAAACUGAGGGAGAUCCUAGUAAAAAUUAGGGAUCAUUAGAACCAACUAGCCACUGCCACUUGUCAUCUACACAGGAAAGGCUUUACUUAGCACAGGACGGAAAUGAAAAGUAGACUCAGAGAUGAAAAGGCUGUCAGGAGAUAGGGGGCUGGUUGUAACCUGGAUAUCUACUGUCUUAUGCAACAUAGCAGAUUAUCUUUUAGUGUAGUGUUCCUACCUCAGUCUGUAGAAUAUGGUGUUUCUAUGCAGUGAGUGAUAGCCUUGACACUGACCUUUCAUAGUCACAUUAAAGAAAGAUGCAGUAUUCCAUUUCCUGGUAUGUUACUUGUGUCUAGAGUUCUAACAAUACAAUAGUCCAUACCACUUCCAGGAGCUGGAUUUUGCUCUCUGAACAGAACUUUUGGGUUUUUUCCAGGGCUUACCCCAGAAAAUACAGAUAGUAAAGUUUCCUUUGAUUUGCUUUUCAAAUAGUGCUUGAAUAACAAAACUCCUUUGUUGGUGACUAGUCUUUUUUUGGUCUCUCCCCAUCAUUAAACAUUGUUCAAAUUUUUAACCUGGUUUUACCGUGUUCCACUAUGUCUCCCAUUUUCUCUCAAAAUUAGUUUGAUCUCACUGUAAGAAAAAAAAACAAUGGUUUCCAUAGCUUCAUCCAUCAGAGUGAAAUAAAACUCUUACUAAAGGAUAGUGUACUGCAUCUUUAAGCAGUAGAAGGUAAACUACCUGCAAAUGUGAAUUUCUUAGUUUCAUUAAAAAGUAUAGUUGUUAACCUCUCGUGUGCCAAAAAUUCUAAGUUACAUUUUCCUUCAAAGCAAUGUACUUUUUUCUACAUAUGCAGUAUGUAGUUAGCAUAAAAUCAUUGGUGCCAUGAAAAUUAUUUUUAAAAUUAAAUAAAUAUUUAAAUAUCA